AAAGGUUUCCAUUAGUGGAUCAGAAAUCGCCCUAAUCAUUUGAAAAAUAAACAAUAUCAACAAUUAGUAGUUAAUUGAGAUAGAAAAGUUGAUCACAAUUAACCAAUUCCAACAACGGAAGGAGAUUAAUUGUCUCUAAUUUAGUUAAAUAAUCGAUAUUCAAAAUUGAUUCUUUAUUUACCUUUUUUUCACUCAUGUUAAUUGUUCACAAACAGAACAAUCAAUUAAAAUCAAUACUCUUGAUUAUCUGUGCUUAAGUCAACCAGUUUCAUCUUGUUGGUUCAUCAUCCUCAUCAUCAACUAAUCAUCACAAUCAACUAAUCAUCAUCUUUUUUGGUUCUUCUUUUGCUCAAUAUCAUUUGCUCAAUUCUUGUUGUCGUGGUUGUUGGUGGAGUCUCACUUUUCGCUUCUUUCUCCUUAAUUGUUGUUGAUUUGAAUACCUUAAUUUACGUUGAUUGAGAUCGCAAAUUGAUCCAACAAUUAGUUAAUCAUGUCCUCCAUUCCAUGUGCUACUUAUAGUGCUUCAAAGGUCCAUGAAUAUGUUAGGAAAGACCAGAAAGGAGGAAAAAAACAUUCGAUGAAAGAUAUUAACUACACUGGUUCUUUUACCCUGUUUGCUGAAACUCAGGAGGAACCACAAUAUCAUUACAAUCAUAAACUAAUGAACAGUAUUUGGGGAUUGUACAACCAGUAUGCACCUCAAGCUUUUCAGAAAAACCAAGAAGUUAAUAUGAGCCUCUCAUUGGUCCCGGGAAUGACCAGCAAUCUACUGGCACCCGGGACAUUACAUUGAGGUGAUAACUCCAUUGGCACGAAGUAUCCGGUUGAUGGUUAAUCAUCCUCAUCAUUUUCCAUUUUCUCUGGUUCUUUAUUAUCAUUUUACUCUUAAUUGUUAAUUAUUCUCAAUAAAAUACCAAUAAAGUGAUCAGUAAAUUGUGAAAAUGUAAAUGAAAUCGCUCUGUCCUGCGUCGAUUUUUUCCCCCUGAAACUUAAUUAAACAUUUAAUUUCUUAAUUUCAA